UUGAGACACUGCUUAUCUGACGGCCGCGCUGGUUAGGCACAGCACAAGGGUACAUUCACUCCACGUGCAUUGCAAUCUCCUGCCGGAGUGCUGACUUCGCCGUUGCUGCCUUCAGCAUCGACUUCCUUCGGAGGAAUGCAAGACAUCACAGUAUAACAAGUGCUGAACAAAGCAACGUGCAGGCCGAGGGCUGUGUUGAUACAAUUUAGGUCACCGGGGCGAACAUUUUGUUUUGUGGCGAGAGAAACACAACAGGGGCGAUCGAUCCAUUUCCAUCGGAUCUGUGGCUAAAGCAUCCAAAUUCAAGGGAGAAUGGCGGACUCGAGCGGCAACAUCAGCCCGAUAGCGGAGUGGUUCAAGGGUCGAAGCCUACUGGUGACUGGGGCCUCCGGAUUCAUGGGUAAGGUGCUGGUGGAGAAGUUGCUGCGGUCCUGCCCAGACAUCGCCACCAUCUACCUGCUGAUGAGACCCAAGAGGGGCAACGACGUGCGCACGCGACUGGAGGAACUUCUCAAUGCCACGAUUUUUGACUGGCUGCGGAAGGAACGCCCAGAGGCUUUGAAAAAAUUGGUGCCGGUGUGUGGGGACAUAUCGCUCAAUGAGUUGGGGCUCAGUCAAGCCGACCAGAAAAUCUUAACCGAAAGCGUGUCUGUCGUCUUCCAUUCUGCGGCCACAGUCAAGUUUGACGAUGCCCUCAAAGUGUCUGUCGGUAUGAAUAUUGUGGGCACAAAGCGCAUUGUACAGUUGUGCCACAAGAUGGUGAAACUAGAGGCUCUUGUCCACGUGUCGACGGCAUAUAGUAACUGCGACAGACAGGACGUAAGCGAGUUGGUGUACCCGCCCCCAGCAGACCCGGAGAAGAUAAUCCAUUGCGUUGACUGGAUGGAAGACGAACUUCUGGAAACCAUCACACCCAAAUUAAUUGGGAACCGUCCCAACACGUACACUUUCACCAAGGCCUUGGCCGAGCAGGUACUAAUGGAGCAAAGUGGCAAUCUACCAGUUGCAAUCGUUAGACCAUCUAUUGUAACUGCUGCAUGGAAGGAGCCCAUUCCUGGUUGGGUGGACAAUCUGAAUGGUCCUACAGGACUCCUAGCUGGAGCAGGGAAAGGCAUCCUCAGGACUAUCCUCUGUUAUCGUGAUAUGGUUGCUGACUUGGUUCCCGUAGAUGUCGCUAUCAACUUGCUCAUAUCUGUGGCGUGGCACACAGCUACAGCCAGGCCCAACAACAUCCUUGUGUACAACUGCACAUCUGGAAAUCUGAAUCCUAUCAGAUGGGGAGAUAUAGAGGACAUUGGACAUGAACAUAUUGUUAAAAAUCCAUUCAGUGAUGUUCUAUGGUACCCAGGAGGAAGUUUCAAGAGCAGUCGGGUUGUAAACAAUAUUUGUGUCAUGGUUUUGCACGUGAUCCCAGCCUACGUCUUUGACAUCUUUGCACGUUUAUCUGGCAAGAAGCCCAUUAUGGUCCGAGUACAGAAGAAGCUACAACAAGCAGCUAAAUGCCUUGAGUUCUUCACAACACACGAGUUUAAAUUUACCAACGAUAAUGUGACACGGCUCAUGACACAUCUACAUCCUCUAGACCGCAAAAUCUUCAACUUCAAUGUUUUGGAGAUUGACUGGAAACCCUACCUAGGACAGUAUGUACUUGGAACACGCAGGUUCAUCCUCAAGGAAGACCCCAGCACAUUUCCUGCAGCUCGCAGCCAUUUGCGCAAAAUGUACUGGGUACAUCGCUUCAGCCAGUUUCUGACAGUGAUGGUUGUGUGGAGGCUCAUUAUGCUCCGGUCUGAGACGGCACGUCAACUAUGGUUUACAAUUUUAAAUCUUGUCUUUCAAAUGACCAAAUAUGUAUCUCGUCUGACCCAGAUGGAGUGAUGUUUGUUACCUUGCAUACAAGUCGGAGAGACGUGAGGUUCUAAUGUAGCCUUACAAAUGAAAUUUCUAGUAAUAUCAGAGUUCCUCUCCAAUGUCUGUCAUGCCCUAAUGGAAUGACCAGAUGAAAAGAGUAGAUGGAAUACAUAAAAAAGAAAAUCAGGCAAAGCAUUCAUGUUAACCAUGUUAGUCUGACAACAUAAAUUAAAAAUCUUGUUUUACUUUCAUGUUUCAGUGGUAGUCUAUGGACUGGAACACAGUAUAAGCGAUCAGACUGGUGACUGUGGUGACCAUAUGCUUCAACUAGCUGACUUGAGUUGGCUAAUGAUGUAUUUAGCUGAUCAAUUCUGCUGUGUACCAGUGCAUGGAGUACCACUGAACCACAAAAGUAAGUUAAGUAAGUAAAAAUUUCAUAACAUAGCUAUCACAGUAAACAUGAAUGCUCUGUCCUCUGGAAUAGAUGAUCCUGUGAAGAAGAAAAUGUUUUAAAAGAUGGGCAGGGUUAAGGAUCAAGUGUCAUAAUGAGACAGCUGAUGAAAAUGUAACCUUUUCCAUGCUGGGUUUCAGCUUACUUUCCUUAGGUUAUAAGGAAAGAUAAGUUUCUAGAAUUAUUUCAUCCAUAUGUCUGUGCUCAUAGUUAACUUUCAGACCAGCUGAUGAAUUUUCAUGAAACUUGGUAUGAACAUAUUACCACUAGGGUCCAUCUCACCUUUAUACUUACUAAUUUCCUAGCAUAAAUAAUACUAACAUGGCUGCCAUAUUAACACCUGAGGUGGGAGCAAUACCAAUAGAACUUAAAGUAAGAUAUUAAAAUUUUGUGUGGUAAAACAGCUCUGAAGUCCUAAAACUAUUGUUUACAUAACUUGUUGAAUCUAAAACAAUAUGGCAACUAAAAUAUAUAAAAUUAUGCAUACAAACAAAACUGUUUACACUUUGAAAAACACUUAGUGCCAAACGUGUUUCGACCUCAAGAGGUCAUCAUCAGCGAGGUCAAAACGUGUUUGGCACUAAGUGCUUUUCAAAGGGUAAACAGUUUUGUUUGUAUGCAUGAUGUUAUAUAUUUUAGAUAAAUAUUCAACACUGCACGGUAUGCAAGGUUUUAAGAAUAUGGCAACUGUGUGAGUCUAAAUUUAGGUUUUGUAUGAUGGUAAGACUAAUAAACUACUGGAGCAAGGCAUGUGAAGCUUUGUGAGAUGAAUAAUAAACAUAUGCAUACCUAAUA